UUUUCUAGAGUUACACAUAGCAGAGUGCCAUCAUGGUGUUGUCGUGUAGGUUCUACAAGAACAAAUACCCGGAGGUGGAGGAUGUUGUCAUGGUUAAUGUCCGAUCCAUCGCUGAGAUGGGAGCCUACGUACACUUACUGGAGUACAAUAAUAUCGAGGGCAUGAUUCUCCUGUCUGAGCUGUCUAGACGUCGUAUCAGAUCCAUCAACAAACUCAUCCGUAUUGGACGUAGUGAAUGUGUGGUCGUGAUCAGAGUAGACAAAGAUAAAGGAUACAUUGAUUUAUCAAAAAGAAGAGUCUCCCCAGAGGAGGUCACAAAAUGUGAAGAAAAGUUUGCCAAAGCCAAGGCUGUGAACAGUAUUCUACGUCAUGUGGGAGAGCUGAUGAAGUACACAAGUGAUGAACAGAUGGAAGAGUUGUACACAAAAACAGCCUGGUUCUUUGAUGAUAAAUACAAGAAGCCGGGGGCAUCAUAUGAAGCAUUUAAACAUGCUGUGACGAACCCUGAAAUUUUGGAUGAGUUGGAGAUUGAUGAAGAGACAAAAAAUGUACUCCUACAAAAUAUAAAAAGGAGAUUAACACCACAAGCUGUAAAAAUUAGAGCAGAUCUUGAAGUUGCCUGUACAAAUUAUGAAGGAGUGGAUGCUGUGAAGAGAGCGCUAAAGAAAGGUCUGGAAUUAUCCACAGAAGCUAUGCCUAUCAAGAUAAAUUUAAUUGCUCCACCUUUGUAUGUUAUGACCACAUCCACAUUGGAGAGAACAGAGGGUUUAGCCACACUUAACAAAGCCAUCGCUAGCAUUAAACUCACAAUAGAGGAAGCAGGGGGAAUCUUCAACAUCCACAAACAGCCCCGCGUCGUGUCAGACAUUGACGAGAUCGAGCUAGAAAAACAGCUUAAACAGUUGGAGGAAAAAAAUCGUGAGGUGGCGGGUGACUCUGAUGAGGAAGAUGACGUGGAGGGCAUGGGGGAGAUAGACGGAGAAGAACCAGAGGAGGGGGAUGAAGGGGGAGAAGAUUGAGGGGUGGAUCUUACUGUAACUACAUUUAGUGGUGGACAGAUUUUGAUUAUAUAUGUACCUACAGCAAAUUGACACCAGCUGUUUCCUCUGUGUAAUUCACUGGCUUAAAAAGUGAAGUUUAUGUAAAGUUUUCAUUUUGUAUGUCAGGGAAAAGACUUGGACAGACUUAUACACAAAUAUCUUUCAUGCUUCUUUGUUUUGCCAGUUUUAAAAUAUUAAAUAUCUUUGUAUUUGAUCAGUUUUCAAAUACCAAUAACACCUCUCUUAUUUAUCUAAAUGAAACUCUCGUUUUUGUAUAAAUACAUUUGUAUCCUGCAUGUACUUUUGUAAGGGCUUAAAAACGAUUUUUCUAGAAUACAUUUAUUUAAAAUUCUGUAUUUUAUUAUUCAUAAAAAUGACUCAUCAGGAGAGCAUGCAAUAGAAUAUAAAUUCUGUCCAUGACUUCAAUCAGGGGUGGGAAACAUAUGAGAAUGUUAUUUAACUAUAUCAUUGUAAAUUUAAAAAAAUUCAUGUUCAUCUGUAAAUCAAAUCUGUGAAAAUAAAACAUAAAAUCUC